ACAGACGCACACCAUGCAGACGGUCGGGGUUCACGGUGUAACAAAUAACUUCAUUAGCUAGCUGGCGUAGCAUUUAUAUAAAAGAAAACCCGCCUUGAAAGCCAUAUUUUGUGUGUCUGCGAAACCUCAAGCGCAAACAGGCCCUCACUUCGAAGAACAAACACUGUCAGGAUGGUGUCAUACAAGCGUCUGAACCCUGAAGAUGUUCAGUUUUCCGGUUCGUUAUUGUCAGAGGAUCCCCGUCCUGUCCGUGAGGAAGUCCCAGUGCCAGAGCAAGAAGAAGCCACCCUACUUCCACGUAGACCGACAUGCUCCGUCACCACAGGCCUCCUGGUGAUCGGCUUCCUGCUGCUGCUCCUCUGUGGAGGCUGGCUAGUGGGCACCAUGUUCUGGCUGCACAAACCAUCCAACCAAGACCAGCACAGACCUCCAUCACCAGCUUCAGCACCAACACUGGAAUAUAAUGAAAAAAACAAAAUCCUGAAUGACACUGAAGCCGCUCUCCGUCGUGAGACCUGUUCUUUGACCCCUGAGGCGUGGAGGUUUGAUUGUUACCCUGAAAGAGGUGUGAUUGUUACCCAGCAGCUGUGUGAGGCAAGGAACUGUUGCUUUAUCCCAGCAUCCUCUGCCUCCUCCUCUGCCUCUAGCCCGUCAGGGAGGAAUGGUAUCCCUUGGUGUUUCUAUCCUACAGAUUUUCCUUCUUACUCGGUCGUGUCAAUCAAAGACACACCCCUGGGACAGAAUGCUACGCUAAUGAAAGAAGUGAAGACCUACUAUCCAGCAGACAUCCUCACUUUAGAAGCGGAGCUCCGUUAUGAGACAGACACACGGCUUCGUGUCAGGAUUACUGACCCCUCUAGUUCAAGGUUUGAGGUUCCCAUCUCUGUUCCUAAUGCCACCAAGAAGGCAGAAAGUCCAGACUACAUUGUGGAGCUUUCAAAGACUCCGUUUGCUCUCACUGUGAAGAGAAAAUCCACAGGGAUGGUGCUUCUGAACACCAAAGUGGCUCCUCUCUUCUAUGCUGACCAGUUCCUCCAGUUCUCCACCUCUCUGCCCAGUCAGUUCAUUUACGGCCUUGGCGAGCACCGCUCCACCUUCCUGCAUGACGUCCACUGGAACACACUCACCAUGUGGGCCAGAGACGUGCCUCCUAUGGAGCAGACAAACCUGUACGGGGCCCAUCCGUUCUACCUAGCAAUGGAGGACGGAGGGAACGCACAUGGCUUCUUCCUGCUCAACAGCAAUGCGAUGGAUGUGGCCCUCCAGCCUGCCCCUGCUCUCACCUGGCGAACAAUCGGUGGGAUUCUUGAUUUUUAUGUUUUCCUUGGUCCUGAUCCUGGUGCGGUGAUCGAACAGUACGUGGAGGUUAUUGGCUUCCCAGCGAUGCCCAUCUACUGGGCUUUUGGCUACCAUCUCUGUCGCUGGGGCUACAACACCAGCGACUCUACCUUAGAGGUUGUAAAGAAAUUAAGGAAUAAUGGAGUACCUCAGGAUGUGCAGUGGAAUGAUAUCGACUACAUGGACCGAGCCAUGGACUUCACUUUUGACCCGACAAACUACGCCACACUGCCAGAUGUGGUCAAAGAUCUGCAUGCUCAUGACCAGCGCUACGUCAUGAUCCUGGACCCCGGCAUCAGCAGCACCCAGCCUGAGGGAUCAUACUGGCCAUUUGACGAAGGACUGAAGAGAGACGUUUUUAUCAAAGACGCUGAGGGAAAAACACUGAUUGGAAAGGUGUGGCCCGGUUUGACAGCAUAUCCUGACUUCUCCAAUGAGGUGACGCAUGAGUGGUGGUACGACAAUCUUAAGAGGUUUCAUGAGAAGGUGCCGUUUGAUGGACUGUGGAUUGACAUGAAUGAGCCGUCUAAUUUCAUGGAUGGGUCGACUAAUGGCUGCCCUUCAAACAGUCUUGAAAAUCCUCCUUACACACCUGGUAUUCUGGGAGGUUUACUGAGAUCUAAAACUGUGUGUGCCACUGCACAGCAGAAGCAGUCCAUACACUAUAACUUACACAGCCUGUAUGGACUCAUGGAAGCCAAGGCAUCUGCAAGUGCUCUGAAGCGGAUUAUUCCAAAAAGACCAUUCAUAAUCUCCCGCUCCACCUUCCCCAGUCAGGGGAAGUACUCGGGUCACUGGCUGGGAGACAACAGGAGUCAGUGGAAAGACCUGUACACCUCUAUAUCAGGUAUGCUGACCUUUAACCUUCUGGGAAUCCCUCUGGUGGGCGCAGAUAUCUGCGGCUUUGGUGAAGAGCCGCAGGAGGAGCUGUGUGUCCGCUGGACGCAGCUGGGAGCUUUUUAUCCUUUCACACGCAACCACAACUCCAUCAACAUGCAGCCUCAGGACCCGACAGCGUUCAGCCCUCUGGCCAACUUAGCCAUGAAACAGGCUCUGCUGCUGCGUUAUUCCCUCUUCCCUGUCCUCUACACCCUCUUCCAUCAUGCUCAUGUGCACGGACACACUGUGGCACGGCCGCUCAUGUUUGAAUUUCCAAAAGAUGUCAGAACAUACGGGAUCGACAAGCAGUUCCUGUGGGGGAAGAGUUUACUGGUGACACCGGUGUUGGAGCCUGAAGUCGAUUAUGUGAUUGGCUAUUUCCCAGAGGGCCUGUGGUACGACUAUUACACGGGUGAUGCUGUGCACAGCAAAGGUGAAGAACUUCGAUUGUCAGCGCCUCUAGAUAAGAUCAACCUGCAUUUACGUGAGGGCUCCAUCAUAACAACACAGGCACCCAACCUGACCUUGUGGGUGAGCAGCGGUCAGCCCCUCCAUCUGGUCUCUGCUCUCUCUGACGACGGUUCAGCCACUGGAGAUCUGUUCUGGGAUGACGGAGAAACAAUCGACACCUAUGAGACGGAAAAAUACGCAUACAUCAUCUUCAAUGUCGCUCAGAACACAAUGACAUCCCAGGUUCUCCAUAACAACGUGGAGGCCACAUACAUCACUGUAGAAACUGCCUCUUUCUACGGAGUGAAGAAGAAGCCGAGCCGAGUGUUUGUGAACUCCCAUGAUGCAUUGUUUAUCUACAGACCCAACCAGGUGUUAACAGUAUCAGAUCUUGGUCUCAACCUGAGUCAGAACUUCACCAUCAGCUGGAUGUAACUGCUUCAACAUUUUUAAUUUAUCUGUUAUUUGGUUCCAGCUGUUCGUCCUGCUGUUUUCACUCCAUGGAAUUUAAAAUUGAAGGCAACAAUAACUGAGUUUUAAGUAUUUACAUUCUUUAAAACAGGAACUUUUAGAGAUUUUUUCUUAAAGGGACUUCUUAAAUUAAAGUUCAUCAAAAAUGGUGAGAAAAAGCCUCAGAUCAAAGAUUGGAUUCAGCUUUAAACCUCAGUCGUUUUGAUGACCUGAGAUAAAACAAAAGAUUUAAAGUAGAUAUUCAGGUUCGUGUUCCAGAUAUUUAUAGUUUGAUGUUUUAAGAAGUAGACAAAAGCAUUUCUGUGGACAGAACAUCACCACAUAUGAAGAUGGACGUCCCUCCACCUCUUAUGGUACAAAAGUGAAGCACAAAUACCCCUGAAAUGGAAGCUGACAUAUUGUGUAAUCCAUGUAGAGACAUAUGAAGCUGCAGUGUUGACAUUCUGCUUCCUUUAACCAACCAAAAACAGGUUUGACUCUCUGAUUAAAUAUCAGUCAUCCUGUCAGUUAGCUCAGCUAACAACAGAGCAGAUUCCUGUUUAAGUUAAAGCAGACAUUAGCAGUCACUGAAAGAUUAUUGACUCUUAUUCUAGUGUUUGCCACAUUUCCUCAUUUUGCCUCCUGAACUCUGAUAACCUGCCACACAAAGGAGCAAUUAGUCAAUAGAGCUGUCAACCAUGACAAAUAACAGUUAUAUAAAACUUCUCCUAAAUAUUGACUAUCAAACAUAAAUCAGCUUUAGAUAAAACUAAGAAGGUAGACACCACGCUUGAAAAAAACGUCUUUAAUGUAUAUUUUGAUGUUAUAGUUUGGCACAUGUCCCAUCUGUUAACAUGGAGGAGAUGGAGCUUAACAGCAGUUUUAGACUGGGUGUGUGGCGGCUGUGUUACAGUUUGAUUUUCAUUUUAAAGCGCAAGUUAAGUCAGGGCUUUCUAACUAAGGUGAUUUGUGUGUCUCUGGCACCAAGAAUCUGAAGAAUAGAGGGCCUGCCUUUUUUUUCUGCAAGCUGUGUAUGUCUAUGAUAAAUAGGAAGUCAUAUGUACAUUGUUUUAGUAGAGAUGUAAAUAUCACCAUCAGUAGAAUAUGCCACAGGCAAGUUAAACACAGUACAGUUACAUUUGCAGUUUGUGCUUUUCGAAGUAAAAGCCCAGGUUGGCAUUUCUGUGGUUGAAAAUCCUCCUUGUUUGCUGAGUUAUAGAAUGAUUGAAGUCACUCGUAGGGAGGCUCAUUAAGGCAGUACUUAUGAUGACAGACAGGGCUAUGACAGCAGGGAGAUCCAGCCAACAUGCCACACACAUGUAUCCCGUCUGAGACAAAGUUAAUUUAGUCGAAUAAAACUAUGACUAAAAAUGUUUGUCAACAGCCUUUUUCCAUGAAAAAAACUAGACUAAAACUGACAAAAAUAUAUCUGUGAUGACUAAAACUGACAAAAACUAAGUUUGGUUUUCGUCAAGA